AUGCCUAGACCUGCGUCCCUCCGUGACAUCAUCCGCCAACAUCCACGUGAGCGGCUCCUAGUGCAACCUCUUGAGUGGACGGCGCGACAUCUCGAGCUGCUGCAUUGCUCCUUUGAAGAGGAAAAACCCGAAGAGGGAGACCCCGAGAAGGAGGAAGUGUUGGAUAAUAACGGAGAAGAUGUUCAAGUUCCUGACGCAAACGAGUCAGGAAAAAAGAAGCCUGUUGAUCGUUGGGCUCGCACUGCUGAGCGCCUAGCAACCUAUGAGAUGAAGACGGCGGCCAUCAAGAAGCUCUUGGCAGAAGUCGACGGGCCUCUAAAAUUCCUGCGGCCCUUUGGAUAUUUCUGCUACGGCUUCGACCAUGAAUUUCGCCUCCACGGCGCCGUCUUUGCAGAACGCGCACCCAGCACACAGGCGCCCGUAUUUGCAUUUAUGCAACGCGGCAUGAUUAGGAUACAGCGUGAAGGUGUCUUUUCUCUGCCUCGACCAAGGAGACCUAACCCUCCCGCUGAGCUUAUCAGGAAGAUGAGGCUGAAGCAACUGGAGCCAUCUGAUCCAUGGUGUGACCCGUACAUCCUGGCCGUGCUCGUAGGAUUGGCGCAAUCACAGGCACAGAACCAGUCCUUGGAAAAAGACUCGGAUGGUAAGGGCCGUUCUAAUGUUUUCAAGGUUUGCGCUGUGCUUGUGGACGAGACAAACACAGACACGAUGGGAUUCUACACCGCAAAAAUCUCUACCGAGUUUCUCAGCAAGUUUGAGUACCCAGAUGGCCUGAAGCCCACGAAAGAGACGUUAUCGUCUUCUUUGUCCAUCAAACACAGAAAGAUGACGUUUCAACCAUAUUCGACUUUAAGGAAAAGGCUGAUCGAAGCAAUGUCGCCUUGCUUUGAUAAUGCUGAGGCGAUCCAGGAAUAG